AUGAGCUUCCCGCAGCUCUGCAAAGCAGUUGUGUACCCCCUGUGCUGCGAAUCGGCUGUUGGAGGUGGCAAUGGGAAGGUCAAGUGCCCGUUUGUAGACUCAACGAAGGAAAACGUCCAGCUGGUGCUCGUGGUGACGACGCAGGCGAAGGAGCGGCAACAGCAGCAGCAUGAUCGCCGCUGCCGCAGAGAGGCUGCUGCCGGUUUCUUUUUUGCGCUAAGUUCUUUCGGCUCUGCCGCACUACAAAUAGACGACGAAAGGGUGGGCACCCGGGAGGCGGACCCAUCUCGGGGUGCCACCCGCGGCGCAAACACCACCCAGGGAACAGAACCCGAGGUGGGUCGGUUUUCGAGUCUCUCGUCUGAGGGCGUUCCCGCGAGGGGUGGGCGGAGGGCGCGGCCUGCGGGGGCCCCUGUCGACACCUCGGCGAGCAGGCGCCAGACAAUGGAACUUGUCGACACGGGACGGUCAUCCCACAACACGUUCAGCAUCGCCGCCCUCAUGGCGAAUGAGCCUCCGGUCGCACAGGCUUACCUCCAGCCCGGAUCGUCGCCGGUCGGCGGAGGAGACGCACCGUCGGCCGGAAGAACUGCGUACCAGGCCGGGGACUGCUGCCUGGCUACCGACUGGGCUAGCACUCCCAGCUACGUCGCCAGCACGCCGGUGAAAGACAUGGAAGCCUGCCUGCUGACGAGCACCAAGGACCGACCAAGCCUGGCUGAGGCGUACCGGAGCUCGACCGAGUUCCCGGACAGUUGCAAGGGCUCCUCCGGCGACGGCCGCGUCGGUUCGCCCUGCUUGGAAGGAGCUUCGUCAGGCGGCGGCCGCUGCACCUCGGCGGAUGACGGCGGGUCUUCCUCGCCCGCGCUGUCGCAGUCCGGCUGCCCAGAGGACGAGCGCAAACCGCUCCAUCCGAAACUGGUCGGCGUGAGUGCCUCGCUCGAGAUGAAGGCGCUGUGGGACGAGUUCAACGCGUUGGGAACCGAGAUGAUCGUCACCAAGGCCGGAAGGCGCAUGUUCCCCACGCUGCAAGUGAAGCUGUACGGGCUGGACCCGCACGCCGACUACAUGCUCAUGAUGGACUUUGUGCCAGUGGACAACAAGCGCUACCGGUACGCCUUCCACAGCUCCAGCUGGAUGGUGGCCGGCAAGGCGGACCCCAACAUGCCCCCGCGAAUUCAUGUGCACCCGGAGUCUCCGUGCAAGGGCGCCCAGUGGACCAAGCAGGUGGUCUCCUUCGACAAGCUCAAGCUCACAAACAACCAGCUGGACGACAACGGACACAUCAUCCUCAACUCGAUGCACCGGUACCAGCCCCGUUGUCACGUGGUGUACGUCAACCGCAAAGGGGAGGACAUUUCCAAGACGGAGAACUUCCGCACCUUCGUCUUCCCUGAGACCAAGUUCACCGCCGUCACCGCCUACCAGAACCACAGGAUAACUCAGCUGAAGAUUGCCAGCAAUCCUUUCGCCAAAGGUUUCAGGGACUGCGACGCAGAAGACUGGAGCGUCCCCCCUGGCGUGGCUGAGAUGCUUGGCCACCACCACCUACCUCCUCCGGUCAAGAUGCCCAAGGUGCACCCGCGCCCUUCGUCCAUCCAGCAACUGCUGCACGGCGUCGGCCACACGGCGGCAGCCUACACCAAGACCGAGAAAGACGAAGACAUGGAUCAGCUUACGAAUGGCGUGCUGUUCUCUCGCGUGCUGGGUGCCACAGGCGGCAGUGGCCCAGUGUCGUCGUCGUCGACUGGUCCCGCGAGCUGCGCCGUGGGCCAGGCGUACCCGGCCGAUCUGUGUGGUUACUCUCAGGCCUACGACAACUACGUGUACCAAAUGAAGAUGGAGUCGCGCACUUCGCCCUACGGUCGACCCGCGGCCGCUCCUCCUCCGACAGCCGCAGCCGUAGCCGCGGCCUCCUAUCCCGGCUAUCACCACCACCCAGGAACCCCGGCUGGGACCCAGGCGUACGGCGCCCUCUAUCCGCCGCGAGCGAAGCAGGCGACGGGAUACGACUAUACGACGCGGUGACGCGCGAGCCUCCGCGGC